UUGUGGGAGGUCCUUGAGGCUGCGGAGGUCGCGAGUGUCUGUUGAACGGCUUGUGGAAGUCGUGCUGCCUUGGGUAGGGCGUUAAAGUCGUUCUUGAGAGGAACGUCUCUGUCCGAAGAGAAAAUGAGUUUAGCUCUGAGAAAUGAGCUUGUAGUAGACAAAACAAAGAGGAAAAAAAGAAGAGAACUCUCUGAAGAACAGAAACAAGAAAUUAAAGAUGCUUUUGAACUAUUUGACACAGACAAAGAUGAAGCAAUAGAUUAUCAUGAAUUAAAGGUGGCAAUGAGAGCUUUGGGGUUUGAUGUAAAAAAAGCUGAUGUACUGAAGAUUCUUAAAGAUUAUGACAGAGAAGCCACAGGGAAAAUCACCUUUGAAGAUUUUAAUGAAGUUGUGACAGACUGGAUAUUGGAAAGAGAUCCACAUGAAGAAAUAUUAAAGGCAUUUAAACUAUUUGAUGAUGAUGAUUCAGGUAAAAUAAGCUUGAGGAAUUUGCGACGUGUUGCCAGAGAAUUGGGUGAAAACAUGAGUGAUGAAGAACUUCGGGCUAUGAUAGAAGAAUUUGAUAAAGAUGGUGAUGGAGAAAUAAAUCAAGAGGAGUUCAUUGCUAUUAUGACUGGUGACAUUUAAAGAAUUACAAGGAUAAACACUAAGAAUGUUGCAGUUAUCAUCUUAUAUUCUAUUUUUGUGCCUGGAGCCAUGUUAAAAAAAAAAAAAA